GGCGCGCAUGCGUCCCGGGGCUCCGGCGCCCCUCGGGAGCUAGCGGACGCGAGCCUGUGCCCGGGAGACCCGCCGACGGUUCCUCCGCCGCCGUUCCUAGAAAAGGCCUCGAGAAGCCUGGAAAGCCGCAUGAGUCACUGUGCUCUUGCCUAAUUUUGCCGCUAGUUUUCUAGUUUUUGAACCAGGAAAGCCGUGCUUAGUUGUCAUUGCGUGGUAGGAUUGUGUGGAGGCUGUCGGGUCGCUGUGCGGGGCUGCUCUCGCAGUGACUUGGCGGAGGUGGAGGGAUCGAGCGCGGAGAGCGCCGGUCUGCGGGUUGUGGCGAGCUCUUCACUUAACGUCUGCUUGUGCGGUUCUGGGCGAGCCGCCGAGACGCGGGCUGCGCAUUCCUGCUUGUCCCGGAACAGUGAGCAAAAUGAACACCUCCCAGGACCAGAGUGGCUGCUCCAGUAAUAGAGAACCCCUUUUGAGGUGUAGUGAUGCACGGAGGGACUUGGAGCUUGCUAUUGGUGGAGUUCUCCGGGCUGAACAGCAAAUUAAAGAUAACUUGCGAGAGGUGAAAGCUCAGAUUCACAGUUGCAUAAGUCGUCACCUGGAAUGCCUUCGGAGCCGUGAAGUGUGGCUGUAUGAACAGGUAGAUCUCAUCUAUCAGCUGAAAGAGGAGACACUUCAGCAGCAGGCUCAGCAGCUUUAUUGGUUAUUGGGUCAGUUCAAUUGUCUUAUUCAUCAGCUGGAGUGCACCCAAAACAAAGAUCUAGCCAAUCAAGUCUCUGUGUGCCUGGAGAGACUGGGCAGUUUGACCCUUAAGCCUGAAGAUUCUACUGUCCUCCUCUUUGAAGCAGACACAACUGCUCUGCGCCAGACCAUCACCACCUUUGGGUCCCUCAAGACCAUUCAAAUUCCUGAGCACCUGAUGGCUCAUGCUAGUUCAUCAAACUUUGGACCUUUCCUAGAGAAAAGAGGUUAUAUGCCAAUGCCAGAGCAGAAGUCAACAUCCAGUAGCACAGCUAUUCCUCUCAGCGAAUGGCUUGUUGGAAGCAAAUCUGCCAGUGGCCAUCAGGCUCCUUACGUGCCCAGCAACAACCUCCAGGACUGGCUUACCCAAAAACAGACUUUGGAGAAUAGUCAGACUUCUGCCCGACCCUGCAGUUUCUUCACCAAUGUCUGGGGCAAUCUAAAGGGCUUAGAAAACUGGCUCCUCAAGAAUCAGCAACAAGAAGUUCCUGAAAAACCAAGUUCUCAAAAGUGUAACAGCCAUUCUACCACCAGUCCUUUCUCCAUCAAAGUUGAAAAGGCUGAGGAUCCAGAGCUCCUUGAUCAAGAUGAGAUGGACCUGUCUGAUUGGUUGGUGUCUCCCCAGGAACCCUGCAAGCUGGAGAAGCCUGAGAAUGGCAGCCACGAAACCAGUGAGAAGUUUAAGCUCCUAUUCCAUGUGUUCCAGGAGCCUUACAGUGUGAAUGAUUGGCUUGUGAAGCCUGACUCCUGUACCAACUGUCAAGGUAACCAACCAAAAGGUGUGGAGAUUGAAAACCUGGGCAAUCUGAAGUGCCUGAAUGACCACUUGGAGACCAAGAAACCACUGUCCACCCCCAACAUGAUUACCGAGGAUUGGCUUGUCCAGAGCCAUCAGGAUCCAUAUAAAGUAGAAGAAGUGUGCAAAGCCAACGAGCCCUGCACAAGCUUUGCAGAGUGUCUGUGUGAUGAGAAUUGUGAGAAGGAAGCUCUGUGUAGAUGGCUUCUGAAGAAAGAAGGAAAGGAUAAAAAUGGAAUGCCUGUGGAACCCAAACCUGAGCCUGGGAAACAUAAGGAAUUCCUGAGUUUGUGGCUUUGUCCUUCCAGAAAAGAGGUAACAGAACAAGCUAAGGCACCAAAGGCAACAGCACCUGCUAGAAUUGCUGAUUCCUUCCAAGUCAUAAGGAAUAGUUCUUUGUCAGAGUGGCUCAUCAGGCCCGUAUGUAAAGAAGGAAGUCUCAGGGAAGUGCCUAGUAUGGACAGAGAUAGCAAACAAAAGCUUAAAAGCCCCAUGACCACCUCCUGGUGUCCCUUUAACACUGCCGACUGGGUCUUGCCAGGAAAGAAGGUGGGAAACCUCAGCCAGUUAUCCUCUGGAGAAGACAAGUGGCUACUUCGAAAAAAGGCCCAGGAAGUAUUUCUAAAUUCACCCCUACAAGAGGAACGGAACUUUCCUCCAGACUGUUACGGCCUCCCAGCAGUUUGCGAUCUCUUUGCCUGUAUGCAGCUUAAAGUUGAUAAAGACAAGUGGUUAUAUCGGACUCCUUUACAGAUGUGAAGGAAUGGAUUGUUAGUGGAGCUGCUUUCUGCAGAUUAUCAUACAUACAUCCGUGAGCUGAGUGACUGCAGUUUGCCAAAUCAUUAUUUCUGGGUCUGACCAGUUUAGUUCCUUUCCUGCCUAAUUUUGAAUUAGUGAAAUGAAGUCAUCAAACUAUGAGUUACUUUGUAAGAAAGAGGCUGUUGAUGCUGAGGUGAUGCAGUUCCUUCUUACAGAAGUAUUAACCUAAUUCACCCCUGUACUAGAAAUACAGCAUCUUGGUGGGUAGGUCUUCACCAGCUUCCACAGCGCCAUAAAUUGGGUUGAUACUAGAAGUACAUGAACACUGUAGUUUUAAAAGUGAGUAAUUUAUAUAAUCAGAAGUGUGUUAAUUGUGUUGUAAAGCUAGUAAACUUCACUAACCUUUUGAUUGCUCUUGAGAUGCUUUUGUGGGCUUUCUUCUAGUGGUCCAAAAUUAUGAUUCUGUUCAGUUAAUUUAUAGGGUAUUUUUUUCCUUAUCAAACUGCGUAUUAGUAAUCUUGGCAACUUUUGACACUUCCAGAUACUUUAGCCUACAUAUCAUUUCUACAUUUUUUUUUCAUUAUUUGAAAAAAAUCCAGCUACUACAAAUUUUGCAUUUAUUCUUUCCUGUUUGAGAAGUAUUCUUGUUUCAAAACCAUUUUCAGGGUAUUCCUAGCCUCUAAUAAAAUCUACAGACCUACCCAGGCUUUUAAGAGCCCCAGUGGUAAUAGCAAAAAGGCAGAUGUGUUGCAAAUGUAGUACUUGGACCAUUCACUAUCCUAGGGAUUACUAGUGUAUCCUGUGUAAAUGAAAACUGAGCUGAACACCUGGUGCUCUUAACUAGGGUUACAGUCUAUCUUAUCACUGCAAGCACAGCAUUCCUGAACCUCCAAAUUAUAAUGCAGUGACAUUUUAGUGAAUAGGUUGCUUUAAACACUUGUGCCUUGGGCUGCUUAUUGAAACUUUAUGAAAACUAUUGAUAUUUUCUCAAUAUCCUUAAAGUCACGUCCAUGGUUUAAAAGUUCCUCUGUAGGACAGAAGUGGGAUUUAUAUUUAAAAUUCUCUAGGAUAAGAUCUUACUUAGCUGCCUUCCAGGCUUUAAAACUAUUAGACCUCAUAACUGCCUAUGUUAUUGGAAGUACUUUUGGGGAAACUUCAGUGUUCCACAAUGACAUCACCAUACAGCUUUACUAGAAAUCUUUGAAGAACAACAGCUGAAAAGAGCCUCAUAUUUUCUUAUACCCCUCAGAUACCAUUAAGAAUUAUUAUAGUCAAGGUGGUGGGUAAAAAACAACCUGAAGAGCCUUUUCAACAUCUUACG